AUGUCUUGCUCAGCCUUCUCAGAGGAGCAAAUACUCCAAUUUCUGAACUAUAUCAAACUGCCGCGGAGCGUGUAUGGAAGUACCCCCACGCCAGCACUCUUGAACGAACUGCACAUACGCACGAUCUCAUGUAUUCCUUAUGAGAACCUUUCGCUGCACUACAACCCCGCGCAUCGCAUCGAUCUAGAUCCGCCAACGCUUUUCACCAAGAUUGUUGAGAAUCAGCGAGGCAGGGGCGGGUAUUGCAUGGAAGUGGCCCUUAUUUACUAUCAUGUCCUGCUAGGCUUGGGUUUCGACGUCUACCCUGCUCCCGCCAAGGCCAGAGCUCGAGUCGAUGGUGUGCCGAGUGGUGAUUGGGGUGGAUGGAUACACAUCACCUGCAUCGUGACGUUCCCGGAUGGAUCUCAGUACUCAGAUGAUGUGGGCUUUGGAGGAGAUGGACCAACUGCGCCUCUUCCCCUCCUGUCAGGGCGAGUCCAUGAGAAUCUAGGCGCUCAGGAAGUCCGCCUAAUCCGGGAGUGGCUUCAAGAGCAAAAGAAGCGGACCGACGAGAGGGACAUGUACUGGGUAUAUCAAUAUCGGAACUCAGAGGACCAGCCAUGGAGAAGUUUCUACGCAUUCCUGGAAAUCGAAUUUCUGCCGAAGGACUGGGCGGUGGUGAAUUGGUUCACAGGGCAUAAUGCGGCCAGUUUGCAUUUCGACAAGGUUCUCGUUGUGCUGUUCUUGAUAGAUGGCGAAGCGCAGCCGCAGGUUGUCGGGAAGCGAAUGCUCGUUGAUGGGACAGUGAAGGAGAAUUUGGGUGGUAAGACGAGUGUGGUUGUGGAGUGUCGAACGGAGCAGCAGCGUAUAGCCGCACUGAGGGAGUAUUUCGGCAUUGCAUUAGCGGAGGAAGAGUCGGAGGCAAUGCAUGGAUGGCGGACGGAGUUGGAUCGAAGCUGA